AACAAGCAGGAGGAAGUGAUGUAAUUUAACGUCACCCUGUUCCGCUCUCUUUUCGUUGAGGCUCAGCUAACGGCCGGCCUGCAAACAUGCAGAUCUUCGUGAAGACGUUGACGGGGAAGACCAUCACCCUCGAGGUCGAGCCCAGCGACACCAUCGAAAAUGUCAAGGCAAAGAUCCAGGACAAGGAAGGAAUUCCUCCUGAUCAGCAGCGUCUGAUUUUCGCUGGCAAACAGUUGGAAGAUGGACGCACACUGUCUGACUACAACAUCCAGAAAGAAUCCACUCUGCAUCUGGUCCUGCGUCUGCGUGGUGGCAUCAUCGAGCCCUCUCUCAGACAGCUGGCCCAGAAAUACAACUGCGACAAGAUGAUCUGCCGCAAGUGCUAUGCCCGUCUGCACCCCCGUGCUGUCAACUGCCGCAAGAAGAAGUGUGGACACACCAACAACCUUCGCCCCAAGAAGAAGCUGAAGUAGACAUUUUGACUGAAUCGGCUUUCUUUGCCAUUUUGUGUUAAAAUAAAUGUAAGAAAAGUA